GUGUGUGUGUGUGGGCGUGUGUAUGUUUGUGUGCGUGUAUGUGGGUGUAUUUGCAUAUAAAUUUAUUCUUAUGUCCAGAACUCCUCAAGAUGGCAAUUAUUUAUUUUCUGCUGUCUCCAUUGCUUUAAUCGGAAACAAUAUGCUACCAACAACUCUUAGGAAGCUUUGUGCAAUCGAGUUAUACAAGAAUGCAAAUUUUUUUGCUGUGCAUCCUGUUUUUCGUCUGGGGCAUUUAAGUGGUGUUUUUCGAUCAGAAAGAUCCACUUUCUUGUUAGGAAUAUCCAAUGUUGCAUGUACUGCAUUUGAAGCUAAAAAGUCUAUAGUUGAUGCUAUUUUGGCUGAAGCAUUAAAUAUUUCUCAAUCUGGUGUUUGGUCAUCUUUAGUUUGUGUGAUGUCAAUCUCAAAUGUUUUAAAAAUUCCAUUGAAACUCUUUUAUCCUACUACAGGAGAUGCAUGUUUAGAAUAUUUAUUUAGAAGUACAUUGUACCCACAGACUUUUAAGAAAUUUGAUGAACCUUAUCAAAUAAUUUACUUAUUGCUUUACAAUGUUAAAUCAAAGAAAGAAAUUCCAGACAAUCUUACAUAUGGGAAAAAUGCAUUAUUUCAAGCCUAAUCAUUUUGUCCCUCUAGUAUCUAUUAUAAGCACUCAGUUAGAGUUUCGAAAUAUUUUAGUUCGUACCCAAACAAGUUUAAAUUCUUCAAAAAAUAUUGUUGUAACUGGUGAAAAACGCCCUUCAAAUAAUUCACUUCUUCAAAUACCUUGUUCUGUUGUUCAAAAAAUUAAUUUAACCAAACCAUCAUUGAGUAUUAAGAAUUUUUUUUCUGUGAACAAUAAACCUUUGCCAGUAUCCAGUUCGUCUUCGGUUUUAAGUAAUGAAUUUGAAAAACCAAUAUCAGGAGUCGUAAUUCCAAAAUUAAAUGUAAAUUGUGAAAAUGCAACAACAGAAGAUGAUUGCAACGAAUUUGAUAUUGGCUUGUUUGUAGACAAAGUAGGGAAAUUAUCAAACCAAGAGAAGCGUAAUAUUCUAUUGAAUGUAUGGAUACCACCUUCUGACUAUGUUUUUCCUAAAACUAAUGAUCGUAAAUGUAACUCUGCUUGGUUCAAAAAAUUUUCAUGGCUCUGUUACUCAAAGUACUAUGAUGGGUUAUUCUGUAUAUCUUGUGUUCUGUUUGGAAAGGCUUCUUCAACUAGUCAAUUGUUUCAUGAAUAUCCAUUUCGGUUUUGGUCAGUUGGAAAUGUAAGAAUAAUAUCACAUAAUAACACUUCACCAAUGCAUAAAACCUCCAUACAAAUAAUGCUUGAUUUCCAAGCAGUAAUUAGUAAAAAAACCGUUCCAAUUAAUUUGCAACUCAAUAAAUUUCUAUCUGAUAAUAUUUCUGAUAAAUCGGCAAAUUUUGUUUUCAAUAUCACGUGCAAUCCUUUUUUGUUGUAGGCAGAAUAUAUCACUUAGAGGACAUCGAGUUGAUGCUAAACAUCUUGCUUUGCAAUGUAAUAAUGCUGGUAAUUUCCAAUGCUUAUUAGAUCUGAUGGCAUUAUGCGGUGACAAGAUCUUGAGUGACCAUUUUAAAAAUGGUCCUAAAAAUGCCACUUAUCGAUCAAAGACAGUGCAGAAUGAGUUUAUUAAUAUUUGUGCAGGUGUUGUUCGAUCGCUAUUGACAAACAGAAUAAAGAAAGCAAAAUUUUUUUCUAUUUUAGCAGAUGAAGCUUCAGAUGUUAGUCAAACUGAACAAAUGGCUGUAGUUGUUCGGUAUGUGGAUGAAUGCUGCAAAGUAAAGGAAGAUUUUUUAAAAUUUGUUUCCUGCAAUAGUGGGUUGACUGGAGUUUUGUUAUCAACUAAGAUCAAAAAAAGUAUACAUAAACUUGGUCUGGAAAUGUCUUAUUGUCGUGGGCAAGGUUAUGAUGGGGCUGGUAACAUGGCAGGGCGUCUUUGUGGUGUAGCAGCAUUAAAUUUAAAAGAUUUUCCUAAAGCUCCAUACAUCCACUGCUAUUCCCAUCAACUUAAUCUGUGUGUUGCCAAAGCAUGUGCAAUUCCUUCAAUUCGAGAUAUGAUGGAUCAUGUUAGGAUUGUCUCUGAUUUUUUUAAUAAUUCUCCAAAGAGGUUAGAAGAUAUAUCUACAAAAAUUGUUGAGCUAUGUCCGAUAUCAUCCUUUCAAAAGACAAUAAAUGUUUGUAGAACCAGGUUGAUUGAAAGAAUUGAUGGUCUUGAAGCUUUUAUUUAAUUAUAUCCAGCUAUAAUUGCAUCUCUUACUUGUAUUAAAGAAGAUGAGACAUGGAACUACAAAUCCAGAGGUGAUGCUUCUGCAUAUGUGACAAUAUGUUGUUCGUUUAAGUUUAUCAUCACCUUAAUCAUAGUCAGGAAGUUAUUAGGGUAUACAAGACCACUGACAAAAACGUUGCAAAAAGUUGAUCAAGACUUUUCAAAAGCUCGUGAUGAUGUGGAAAUUUUAAAAAACACUCUUUUAUCUAUUCGGAGCUCUAUUGAAAUUUCACACUCAGAAUGGUAUAAAGAAGCUGCUACCAUAGCUGCAACUAAUUAUACCUUGCCAUCUAAAUCAAGAACAUGUGAACAACAAACACAACGUGAUAAUCAUCAAGUAGAUGAUAUUAGUGAAUAUUAU